AUAACCUUACCAAACGUACUUAAUUUGAAAAUGAGUAAUCAUAAUUAUUGCUCUGGCUCAAAUCAAGUUCAAGAAUGUGAAAAAUAUGAAAAAAAUGAAUCUGUAGAGUUUGAUGUGGCUUUGGGAACAAAAAUAAAAAACUAUCCAUGCAUCUAUUCAAAGUCAAACAAAAAGGACAACAAGGAUAAAAUUUCAACAGCCUGGCUCACUAUCGCUAGCGAACUGGAAAAGUCUGUCGACCAGUGUCAAAGUCGCUUCGUGAGGCUCAGGCAAUACUACUCAAAAGAGAGAACAAAAAAAGCACAGGGAAUAGCAAUUAACAAGUAUGAAUAUUUAAGUUACCUGGAACCUUACAUGUAUACCAGAAGCUCCAAAAAACCAACUAAAGCUGCUAUCAAAUCAAAUUCUUCUGAUAAGGUAGAAGAUGAGAGGGUACAAGAGGAGAUGAUAGAAGAGUCUAUUGCUGAAUUGCCUCAAACUUACCAGACUUCCCAGAACAAUAACAACUUGUUAGACGUUUAUGAAACAGAUUUAAAUGUAUCAUCACCGCCUGUACUAGAAGAAUAUUCAGAUACCGAACAAACUCAAUCUAACAAGUCAACUGAAGUUACUGAUAAGUCAAUUGAAGACAUACGUAAGAUGAAAGAAAUUUCACAAAAAACUUCCAAUCAUGAGAGUGGUAAUACGCAAGCUGACAACAAAGCUGUAAGAGAUAUCAUCGUUCAUCGCUUACAAAGAUUCAAGUGCACACAAAAGAAAAAUGAAUUUAUAAUGAAAGUGAUGGAAAUAUUAUUUAAAUAAGGACGUACCUUGCAGUGGGUGACCAAAGUUUGUGGUGUCAGUUUAAAUUAUUUGUUAAUAUUAUUGAACAGAAGUGCAUGUGAACUUACACAACAACAAUAAUAAUCAUUCACAUUUAUUUAUAAGUUUGUGGUAUCAGUUUAAAUUAUUUGUUAAGGUGAUGCCGAAGCCUCAAUUUUGACCGACCGAGCAUUAAAAAUGUA